GAGAGAGAGGGGGUCUUUUGGUCGUGUUCGUGUUUAAUGGUGUGGGGUUGUACUACGUAACACCGCACCCACUGUAAGUCGGUCUUAUUAGAGGAUUUAUAUAUCAAAUCAAAUACACACAUACACAUACCCAUAUUUGAAUCCAAACCCCACAAUUGGAGGGAGGGAGUGAGGGAGGGAGAGAGAGCGGAGGAGGAGGAGGAUACAACAACAUACAACAAGGUAGAAGAAGAUUUUAGAUGAUGAUAGAGAUAUAUUUAUAUAUAUAUAUAUAAAGAUUAGAUGCGAUUAAAGGCCGAGAGAGCAGCGUGGUGGUGGUGGUGGUGUGUUGUUGUUGCUGCUGCUGCUGCGAUUCAUCAUCCAUUUCGCCAUGGGCACCCAGGAAGACAGUAGUGAUACCAAAGAAGAUCAUCAUCAUCAGGCCUGGGGGACCUGGGACGACCUCCUCCUCGCCUCCGCCGUUAAGCGCCAUGGCUUUCACUCCUGGGACUCCGUCUCCAUGGAAGUCCAAUCCCGGACCUCUCUCCCCCUCCCCCUCACCGCCCCCGACCACUGUCGUCUCCGUUACCUCCACCUCAAGCGCCGCUUCUCCCCACAUCCCCAUCCCCAUCCCUCCCCCGACGACGCCGACGCCGACGACAAAGUCGUCCACAUCCCCUGGCUUGAAGAGCUCCGGAAGCUUCGCGUCGCCGAGCUCCAGCAGGAGGUCCAACGCUACGACGUAUCCAUCCUGUCCUUGCAGUUGAAAGUGAAGAAAUUGGAAGAAGAGAGGGAAGAGAGCUUGCGGGAGAAGCAUCAGAAACCAGAUCUGGCCGAGGACGAGGACUCCAAAGGCGAUAGAUCGGUUAAAGACAAGAGGGACGCCGAUGGAGAACCGGAGUCCUCCGCCGCCGACAGACUCGCCGCCAAAUCGGCCGCCGCCGCCGCCGGGGAGGAGUCGGACCGCGAGAACCGAUCCGUCAACGAAUCCAACUCCACCGGAGUGAAGAGCGAGCGGGACAAGACCGGUGAUGAGGCCGAGGAGGGAGAGGGAGGCGGAGGCAGGAAGAGAGCGGGGGAAAACGAACCGGCCCGGGCGGGAACCGGGUCGGAGAAGACGGAUCGGGUGUCGGAGGGGACGAAACCGGAGGUGGUGGACUCGUACAACGGGAGCUCGGAGCCGAACCGGGAGCGGAGGGGAGAGGAGGGGGAGGGGGAGGAGGGGGAGGAGGAGGAGGAGCGGCCGGAGUCGGUGGCGCAGUCGAAGGAGAACAGCAGCGACGUGCAGAGCUCGGCCAGCUUGACGAACAAGAAGAACAAGAGGAAGAGGAAGGGGCGGCGGCUGGUGGAGAUCUCCGCGGGGGAGGAGCAGCAGCAGGGGACGGAGGAAGCGUCCCCCGCCGUGGAUUUGGGUGGGAAGAAGGAAUCGCAGCCGUUGCUGGAGGUGUUGAAGAUGAUCCGGGCGCACAAGCACGCCACCGCGUUCGAGCGACGGCUUCCCCUUCAGGAGAGCGAGAAAUACAGGGGGAUGGUGAGGCAGCACAUGGACCUGGAAGGGAUAGAGUCGAGGGUGGAGAGAGGCUCCUACUCCUCCUCCCUUCCCUUCUACCGCGACCUCCUCCUCCUCUUCAACAACGCCCUCGUCUUCUACCCUAAGUCCUCCGUCGAGUCCCUCGCCGCCCUCGAUCUCCAACGCCUCGUGUCCUCCCACUUCAGGAAAGCCCCCGCCCCUGCCCCUGCCCCUGCCUCCCACUCCCUCUCCCACUCCCAGAGAUCCUCCUCCACUCCCGAUGCCCCCGAGAGGUCGGAUCCCUUGCUCGCCAAGCACAAGUCCUCCACUCCCAUCAUUGUCUGCCGCAAGCGUAGCUCCAUGUCGUCUCAGCAGCCCGUCAACAACAACGAUAAGAAGCCCGCCUUGGACUCCAAGCCCGCACACGAGCAGGGCUUGAUCAAGAUGAACGCCUCCGCCGCCACCAAAGAGAGGUCUGUGACGGGGACCAGGAGCUUGAGGAGGAGCAGCACCAAGAUCAUGAAGAACAGUUCCCCUCCUCCCAACCCAAGCAAGAAGCAAACCCCCACCUCCACCUCGAUAGAGAAGGCCGAGAAUUCCAACUCCAAAGCCGAAGGCAUGGUCACGGCCUCCACCAAAAAGAGAAGUGCUGCCGAUUUUUUGAAGAGGAUAAAGCGGAAUUCUCCCGCGGGAGGGAAGUCCAAGAAUUCUGGGAGCGAAUCUUCCAACAACAACACUAGCAACAACAAGAAGGCGAGCAGCAAGAACAAUAAGAAUAAGAAGAGCGAGAAAGGUGGGGAGGAGAAGAAGGACGAGAGCAGCCCGUCCAAGCCAAGGACCGUCGGGAGGCCUCCAAAGAAGGGAGGAACACCCGAAUAUUCCAAUGUGAAGCGCGGCAGAGAAGUUGGAGGCAAGGAGUCUGCAUCCGCAGCCGCAUCAACAUCCGCCCUGAAGCGGCCAAGAAAGCGAGCUAGGAGGUAGAUAGAACAACCAAGCACAUCUGCUCUUUUCUUUUUCCAGAUGGGAGGGGCGAUUGAAUGUGAUUUUGUAUAAUGAUGGGCAGGGAUUUGGUUCUCUCUUCCUUUUCUCUUUUUUUGUUGGGCAGUUUGUGGCUUUUGUGUCUUAUUUAUUGUUAACUGCUGUUGUUGACUUUUGACAGUUGACCCCCUUGAUCUGUGUAUCUGUAACAAUACAAUCCUGCGUUAAUUCACCAGCAUCUCGGCACCUUCUACUUUCA